AGUGACUUCAGCACUGUAGUAUAAACAAACACCUUGAAAUGUUGUAAUAUUUAUUUCUGUUGAUUCCAUCAUUACACCGAACAUUAAGAGAAAUCACAUGUAGAACAAAAUCGACUUUAUAUCGAAGAUGAUUCCGAUUUACGAUCACUAUCAAUUGGUGCAAAAACCUUCUUCGAAAAUCAAUCCAAUAUGGAAUAUGACAAAUAUUUUUAUUUUCUGCGUUAUAUUAAUUCUAUCAUUUGCAACAUGUUACACUUUCGGCGAAUUUUCAAGAAAAAUAGAUAAAAACUGUAUUCUACAUACACGAAUAAAUCUGGAACCAUUGCAUAAAGAUACAGUAUCAAACUGUAGUAUGAUGGGUGUUAUGGAUUUAAGUGGUAAAAACUUAACAGAAAAUAAUGUUACAGAAAUAUGUCGAUUUUACAAUUCUUAUCCUCAGAUAGAGCAAGAGCAAUACUCGAUACAUUGGGGAUCUGAAAAAAAUUGCCACAUAUUUCUAAACUUAACAUUACUAUCAAUGAUUGCUGGAGCAGUAUUUCUGGUGGUGACAUUGGUGUUAAAAUAUCAAGGAGCGAAUGCAUUCAAUGAAUCCUACACAGUGUUUCCAAUGAUAUUUUGUUGUCUGGCUCUAACCUGUGUACAAUUUUAUAAUACAGCUGCUUUGGAAAACGGUUUCAAUGCGUACUGUGAACAUUUUAAAAACUACACCCAAACAGAAAAGUGUACCAACUCCAUGAAUCUUUACACACCAAUAAUAAUGCACAAUAAAGAGAAAAAUUAUUUUCUAAAUUACAUGUUAAGCACUUGCUUUUCGAACGUUACGGCCUGGUUUUGGCUUACUCAGUUUUUUAUUUAUUUGUUAAGAUUUAUUUGUAUUGCUGACUUUACUAUCAAAAAAGUUACCGUGUACCAAAAAGCACCACAUACAGAGAUAAACAUGAAAAAGCUAUUAAAAAAUGGGGUUAACAGUGACCAUAUUUAAUAAAUGGUUUUCGCAAAAAAUUAAAUAUAUUGUCGUCUGUGAGAUAUACUUAUAUUGAAGCAAUAAAGAAUUCGUAAGAUUCAAGAUUAAUGAGAUUACAUGGGUGUGCUCUAUCUUUCAAGUUGAAAGGUUCAAUCUUUUGCAAAACUUUAUUUAUACGAUAAAAAAGUUUCAUUUGAUUUUUUUUAGUUGAAUACAUAUCAGCUAAAAUUUGCUAAUUUCUCUAAUAACAAUUAUAAUUAAAUAAUUAUUUGUAUAACAUCAACAUCCACAUUUUAAAAUUGUGUACCAAAAAAGAUUUAUUUAAAUAAGUUUUAACAUUUUUUUUAAAUUUAUUUCACAAUAAUAUAUUAUAUAUACAGUGUGACCCAUUUGUUUGCGACUCACCCCUCUAGAAUCUUUA